AUGUGGCUCUUUCCUGAUCCACAAUUCAGCAAUCGACAGUUUCAUGUCUGGUUACAUAGAAAUCAAUUUUUCCAUAAUUUCACAAUCGUUGACCAAUUGGAGGCCUACUGCAGCGAUGUCUCACCGAUCGACGAUUUGCGCAUCUUCUUCACUGUUACGGCAAUUUUCGGAGUUGUGCUGAUCAUGAUGCAGACUCGACGAUCAGAAUUAAUCUCUAGAUAUGACUUUAUUUGGAAACUGCAGGCCCUUCAUGAACAAGUUGAAAUGAAAAAGAAGCAUGCACAGAACAGAAGCAUCCUAGAAAAUAUUCUGCCUAGCCAUGUCGCCAAACAUUUCCUGGAAGAGAAAGUAAACACCAAAUCUGAAAAACUUUAUCAUGAGGCUCGUGAUUUUGCAUGCAUAAUUUUCAUCACGAUAACGGACUUCAGUAAAUUUUACAUGGAACUCGAUGCAAAUAAUGAAGGAGUAGAAUGCUUACGUCUACUGAAUGAGAUUAUCUCUGAUUUUGACGACUUACUCGAUAGGGACGAAUUUAAAUGCAUAGAAAAAAUCAAGACGAUCUCAACGACAUACAUGGCUGCUAGCGGAUUAUAUGGAAAGACCGAGGACAACUCACAUGUGGUCGCUGUAGCACGUUUUGCUCAAGCCCUAUUGGUAAAAAUCCAGUCAAUAAACGAGCACAGCUUCAACAAUUUUGACUUACGCAUAGGUAUCAACACUGGACCGGUGGUUGCUGGUGUCAUUGGACUCAUGAAACCACACUAUGACAUUUGGGGCAACUCAGUGAAUGUGGCUAGUCGCAUGGAUUCGUCUGGUAUACCUGGGAAAAUACAGGUAACAAUAAUCACCUACUCUUCUUCAGAACUUUUCAACUGGUAA